AUGGCUGUGUACGACUACAGUCCAAAAUAUGGGUUAGAAAACUACAGUAUUGUGAGUUUUUAUUGUUUUUUGUAUUAAAAUUAUUCAUGUUUCAGUUUCUCCCAUUCGAGAGGUCAUUUGAUGCUCGUCGUUCCACGGAAUGGAUGCAGAAUCACUGGUACCAGUCGGUCACGGCGUCCGCCGUCUACGUUGGAAUCAUUUUCACUGGAAAGAAGGUUCGUGUCUUGUUACUUUGCAUAUCAGUUGCAGAAUAGUUAGGCUGAUAAGACGUCAAAAAUGGGGACUGGCAUGAUAGUGACAGAAACAUAGCACAGAACAUUAAAGAGUCACACCAUAUUUGUAGGCUAAAUAGAGCAUGUACUUUGUGAUCUGAAAAUAACCCAAUAAAAAUAUUGAACUCGUUGAUCGAAAUCCCGAAUGAUUCUCGGUUCUGAGUCGUCACAAAAACGGCAGAGUAUAAAACAACGUAAAUGACAGGUUUUUUUUUCGUAAAAAUGACGAUUUAACAUGACAUUUAGCACAAAAUCUAGGCUUCUGAGAAAUCUUAGCUCGCAAAACUUUUUAAACACGAGCCGAAAAAUAUGGAAACGGACCAAAAAACAAGUGCAACUACAAAGUCACAAACUCCUCAAAACUUACAUUAAAAUUAACAAGAAUGAUGAUAGCGAAAGUAGAAACGUCUGAAUGUGGAGAAUAUUUGCAGGUGAUGGAGAAGUACAAGCCAUUCCAACUGGAUACACCUCUCUUCAUGUGGAACUCAUUUCUAGCCAUAUUCUCAAUUCUUGGGUUCCUCCGUAUGACGCCCGAAUGGAUUUGGAGUUGGGCCGGCGAGGGCAACUCGUUCAAGUACUCCAUCUGCGCGGCGUCUUACGCGCAAGGCGUUACUGGCUUCUGGACGGAGCAGUUUGCGCUGAGCAAGCUUUUCGAGCUUAUCGACACGGUCUUCAUUGUUCUUCGUAAGCGACCACUCAUCUUCCUCCACUGGUAUCAUCAUGUCACCGUAAUGAUUUACACGUGGCACGCCUACAAGGAUCACACCGCUUCGGGACGUUGGUUCAUCUGGAUGAACUACGGUGUUCACGCACUGAUGUACUCGUACUACGCUCUUCGUUCACUCAAGAUCCGUCUUCCGAAGCAAAUGGCCAUGCUCGUCACCACUCUUCAGCUCGCUCAGAUGGUCAUGGGAGUGCUCAUCGGAGUUACCGUAUACCGUAUCAAGUCUUCUGGAGAAUAUUGCCAACAAACUUGGGAUAACCUCGGACUCUGCUUCGGAGUUUACUUCACCUAUUUCCUGCUUUUCGCCAACUUCUUCUACCAUGCAUACGUAAAGAAGAACAACCGCUAUACUGAAGUCAAGCAGAAGAAAGAAGAAGUGGGUUUUUCUUUCUCCCACUACUUUCAUGAACUCUUGUCAUGAAUUCCAGGCCGCCUCGAUCGAGAUUCUGGAGCCAAAAGAAGAUAUUAACGCUAACAUUGCGGAACCAAUUACGACGAGGUCUGCUUCCCGGAGAAAAGUCCAGAAAGCCGAUUAG